AUGAACUCUUCGCCAUUCCAUCAUACAAAAAACCACACAACACACAAAAAGGUCAAGGGAGCCCCUGACUACGAUGACGCAGCUUACUGGGACACCAAAUUCAUAACCGGUCAAGAUGUUGGCGAAUGGCUCAAUGAGGGCGAUUUGUUGAUUGAGCGCGCUAUUGCUGAGCUCGAGACGCAAUUUCCGCUUAUUGUUGCGAACGAGAACGUGGUUAAGGAGGGUAGAAGUGCUACGCCACGCGCAUUGCAUCUGGGACCUGGCAUUUCAGCGAUUGGGAGCAAACUUUGUGAGGCUUUUGAGAAGAGGGGUUGGAAGGGAUCUGGAAUUGUUUUCGACUGGGCCGCGAACGAGAAAACCAAAAACCGAACUCAGAGAAUGUCAUGCACUGGGUUCAAGCAGAUCUAUGCUCCUGGCAAGAUGUAUCGCAACGACUUUUGCCCCUCGCCUCAUUCGAUGUGCUACUCGACAAAAGCACUAGCGACGCCAUCGCGACUUCAGUGCCACGCAUAUUCCAUCAUUCGACAAAAGCGUGCGAAGAAAUAG